AUGUCCAUUCACCGGGAGCUCAACGCCGCCUCGCUCAGCGACGCCUGGCGGACCAUCAACAUUGACGCCCUGCAGGAGGACUCGGCGUGCAACUUUGACACCAACACCCUGCGGCCGCCGCAGCCCGAGAUUGGCGAGGAUGAGGUCCGGCAGCUCGCGGGCCAGGUGCGGCAGUUGCUCCGCGGCGGGGACGCCGAGGGGGCGUUGAGGGGAUGUUUGGAGUUUCCUGUGUACAACGGACCUGAUGGCGCCAAGGAUGCCCACCUCCAGACCAUCACCGAGGUCCUCCAAUCCAUCAAGGCCUCCGAGAUGACGCCCCUCCUCAAGUCCAUCUACGGCGGCGCCGGCGGACCCGAGCUUCUCGACGUGCUGAUGAAGUACAUUUACAAGGGCAUGGCCGGCUCUGCGGCCUCUGGAGGACUGAGGUCGCCGCCGCCGCAGGCUGCGCCGAGCGGGUUCAGCCAGAUGGGCGGUCGCCCCGGAGCCACCAACGAGAACGUCGGUAGCGCGAUGAGCGUGUUGCUUAGCUGGCACGAGAAGGUUGUCGACGUGGCUGGGUUGGGAACUAUUGGUCGUGUCAUGACGGAUUGGAGACGGGUUUAA